AUGGAGAAAUUGCGUGAUGCACGUCUGUGUCCUCAUUGCUCCAAGCUGUGCUGUUUCAGUUGUAUUCGGCGUUGGCUGACUGAACAAAGAGCUCAGUGCCCUCAUUGUAGAGCCCCGCUGCAGCUACGAGAGCUCGUAAACUGUCGUUGGGCAGAAGAAGUCACACAACAGCUUGAUACACUUCAACUGUGCAAUCUCACAAAGCAUGAAGAAAACGAGAAAGACAAGUGUGAAAAUCAUCAUGAAAAGCUUAGUGUUUUCUGCUGGACCUGUAAGAAGUGUAUAUGCCACCAGUGUGCGCUUUGGGGAGGAAUGCAUGGAGGGCAUACUUUUAAGCCACUGGCAGAAAUCUAUGAGCAACAUGUCACAAAAGUAAAUGAGGAAGUGGCAAAGCUUAGGAGAAGACUCAUGGAAUUGAUCAGUUUGGUGCAAGAAGUGGAGAGGAAUGUGGAGGCAGUGCGUAGUGCGAAGGAUGAACGAGUUCGGGAAAUCAGGAAUGCAGUGGAGAUGAUGAUUGCCCGGUUAGACACUCAGCUGAAGAAUAAGCUUAUAACAUUAAUGGGUCAAAAGACAUCACUUACUCAAGAAACUGAACUUCUGGAAUCCCUGCUUCAAGAAGUAGAACAUCAGUUACGAUCGUGCAGUAAAAGUGAAUUGAUAUCCAAAAGUUCAGAGAUCCUGAUGAUGUUCCAGCAGGUUCAUCGGAAGCCUAUGGCCUCGUUUGUCACUACUCCUGUCCCGCCAGACUUCACGAGUGAAUUGGUUCCAGCCUAUGACUCAACUACGUUUGUCUUGGAAAACUUCAGUACGUUGCGUCAGCGAGCAGAUCCUGUUUACAGUCCACCUCUUCAAGUGUCAGGACUUUGCUGGAGGUUAAAAGUUUAUCCAGAUGGAAAUGGAGUAGUACGGGGCUACUACCUGUCUGUGUUCUUGGAGCUGUCAGCUGGAUUGCCGGAGACAUCCAAGUAUGAGUACCGUGUAGAAAUGGUUCACCAGUCCACCAACGAUCCCACUAAAAACAUAAUUCGAGAGUUUGCCUCCGAUUUUGAAGUUGGAGAAUGCUGGGGUUACAACAGAUUCUUCCGUUUAGACUUGCUGGCCAAUGAAGGCUAUUUAAACAGGCAAAAUGACACUGUGAUCCUAAGGUUCCAAGUGCGCUCACCAACCUUCUUCCAAAAGUGCCGAGAUCAACACUGGUACAUUGCUCAAUUGGAAGCAGCUCAGACAAGUUAUAUCCAACAAAUAAAUAACCUUAAAGAAAGGCUUGCGAUUGAACUUUCCCGGACUCAGAAAUCACGAGGCAUUUCACCUCCAGACACUCAUCUUAGUCCCCAGAAUGAUGAUGGUCCAGAAACAAGAGCAAAGAAAUCUGGACAAAGCACUGAAGUACUACUUGAGAAUGUUGCUGCUCCAGGAUUAGUGCGAGACAGCAAAGAGGAGGAGGAAGAGAAGAUCCAGCAUGAAGACUUUAACCAUGAGCUCUCUGAUGGUGACUUGGAUAUAGAUCUUGCUGGAGAAGACGAGGUGAACCACCUUGAUGGUAGCAGCUCUUCAGCUAGUUCGACAGCAACCAGUAACACUGAAGAAAAUGAUAUUGAUGAAGAAACUAUGUCUGGAGAAAAUGACGUGGAAUAUAGCAGUAAUAUGGAGUUGGAAGAAGGAGAUCUCAUGGAGGAUACUGCAGCCGCUGCUACUCCUGGAGCAUCAGGUACUAGCCAUGGCUACACCAGCGUAAGCGGAAGACCUUCAAGGCGGGGAGGAAGUGCCCUAGGCUCAACAGCCAGUAACAGUUUACUAGACAUAGAUCCCUUAAUUUUAAUCCACUUGUUGGAUCUAAAAGACAGAAAUGGUAUGGAAAACCUUUGGGGCCUUCAGCCGCGUCCACCUGCCUCUCUUCUGCAGAACAGAGCAUCAUCCUAUUCUCUAAAAGAUCGAGAUCAGCGGAGACACCAGGCAAUGUGGCGCGUGCCGCCUGACUUGAAGAUGCUGAAAAGACUUAAGACUCAGAUGGCCGAAGUUCGAAGCAAAAUGUCUGAUGUAAAAAACCAACUAUCAGAAGUGAGAAGCAGCAAUGCUGGCUCGUGCGAUGGACAGCCCAGCUUCUUCUCCAUUGAGCAAGGUGCUUUAGCUGCCUGUGGAGCGGAAAGCUGCAGCAAGCUGCAAGAAAUAGGGAUGGAACUACUGACAAAGUCUUCAGUUACCAGUUGCUACGUAAGGAAUUCUGCAAGUAAGAAGAGUAAUUCACCCAAGCCUGUUCGCUCUGGAGCAGCAGGUAGUUUGUCUUUACGAAGAGCUAUGGACUGUGGGGAUAGUAAUCUUCGUUUAAAGGGAGACGGUCAAACUUCUGAAGGUGGCGUGGGGAGUUCAAAGUUGAGCGGUCGGCAUCGCUCGCCCCGGCCCCUGGCUAACAGCAGUGCUUCUGAGGCACUGCCUAAGCCGGAGGAAAGACCUUGUGAAGGUUCAGAUUCCGAUGUGGGAGUUUCUGGCUUAAAUGGCUUAGCUGCUGUAGAGAAGACCAGAAAAGUUGGUGCUCUAGGAUCGAACUCUAAAGGAUGUCGUACAGAAGGAGCACAGUCAGGUGGUCUGGAAAACAACCCUGAAGCUGGUGAACUGCAGGGUGCGCUUUCUGAAGGUGCUUCUGCAGGGCCAGAAGAAGGAAUGAGCAGUGAUAGUGACAUUGAAUGUGACACAGAAAACGAAGAGCAGGAGGAUGCCACCUCUGCCUCGGAGGGGUUUAACCACGCCUUCUCUGUCCAGUCCUCAAGCGAAGCCUCGGAGCGGUGCUCGAUGUUCCCAGAGGGUGAUGAAGUCGGUCCUGAUGAUCUCAGCUUUGUUACUGGAGAAGACAGCGCCAGAUAGAGAACAGGCUUGGGGCCUGAAGACCUGCGGCUCGCGUCCCUGGGAAGAGAUGCGUUUAUUCACUGGAGCUUAGUCCAAGGCUGCUGUUCAUGGCUGUGUGCGCACUCCAUUCUGUCAAAUACCCUUGUGCGGUUCUUCUACAGUCGUCUUAAACCUG